UCCCAGCGUUCACUCUCUCUCUCUCUGCGCUGCCUGCCUGAAUACAGUCUACAGCCGAGUGCAACGAGUUACCACAGACAGACAGAGAGCAGACUGGCUGGUUGGACCGGUGCGUUUCCGAUACAACACUGCAUCGUUGUUUCAGAGCGAAGAGAAGGCAGAUUAUAACACAGGUACCUACUGGUCUUCGCAGAUAGAGAGGCAGAAAUGUUGGUCAAAUUUGCAAUAGCGCUUCUGGUUUUGUCAGUUCUGGAGCAAGUGGUGGGAUUGGAUAAUAUCGAUGUUCAUGACAACCCGCCAGAGAAACCGGCGAGCCAGAAAGGACGUAUGUCUCUGCAGAACACAGCUGAGAUCCAGCACUGUCUGGUGAGUGCAGGAGAUGUGGGCUGCGGUGUGUUUGAGUGUUUUGAGAACAACUCCUGUGAGAUCAGAGGCCUGCAGGAGAUCUGUCUGACCUUCCUACACAACGCCGGGAAGUUCGACUCCCAGGGUAAGUCGUUCAUCAAGGAUGCUCUGAAGUGCAUGGCCCAUGGCUUGAGACACAAGUUCAGCUGCAUCAGCAGGAAGUGCCUGGCCAUUAAAGAGAUGGUGUUCCAGCUGCAGAGAGAGUGUUACCUCAGACACAACCUGUGUUCUGCAGCCAAGGAGAACGUUGCGGUCAUGGUGGAGAUGAUCCACUUCCAGGACCUCUUCCCUAAAGGGCCAUAUGUGGAGCUGGUCAACAUCCUACUGAGCUGUGGGGAGGAGGUGAAGGAGGCCUUAACCAGGAGCGUCCGGCUGCAGUGUGAGCAGAACUGGGGGGCUCUCUGUGACAGCCUGAGUGUCUGCUCUCCCCUCACCCCCCCUCCUGGUCAGGCCCCCUCCUCCCCCGACCACCGCCGCCACGGGUCCCCCCACUCUGAGCCAGACCACCCCCGACCCCCCCGACAGGGGGACAAGGACAAGUCCAGUAAAGGAGGCUUCAACGCCCACCCCCGCAGCCGCAGCCAGGGUCCCCGCCGACAGAGCCCCGAGGCUGGGGUGGUGGCGGAGCAGGAAGACCCUGAGGCCACAGACAUCCGGAGGUGAAAGAGACAUUGGACCCUAACUAUCCUGAUUCUCCCCCCCGACCAUGUCACCAUCGCAGCCCCCCCCCCCUCUCUCCCUCUCCUCUCCAGUCAUUCCAGCAGUCCCAAAUGGUAAAUCUGCAGGUAACAUGGUGUAGCUCGUUCAGUUACUCCAGAUUGUAGUCCACCAACGUUUCUGUUUAUUAUAGAAAUAUAAUAGUUAUUAUUAUCCUGAUUUUUAUUUGAAGUGUUAGGACUUUUUUGGGCUCUAAUAUAGCGUUUCUCAAAUCGUACUCACUGUAACAUUUCAUUAUAUUUGUAUUAUUUAUUUGAUUGUUUAAAUAUCCAAAUGUACAUAGAUAUACUUAUCUAUAUUUAUACAGUACGAACAUGUAUAAAUAUAGUCACCAUAUGCAGUACUGAUGUACUAUACGAUUAUAGUACAUGGUGUGUUCUGUCGUAUACCCUACCAUACCUCACGACCCAUCACACCCCUCACGAACCAUCA